AUGUUUGGGGAACUUAUGACACAAGAGGAUGCCGUGUCUGCGCUUCUAGCCUACGUCUUCUCUGGUGCCAUCGGUUCGCCGAAGGGGAAAGGUGUGAGCUAUGCGCUGAUGAAAACGACGCCCACGACUUUCUCUUGGUCGGCGGCUUUGGAGGACAUUGAUGGGCCUGCUACGGCCAUUACUCGAUAUCUGGUCAAAAUUGACAGACGAUCGAAGGAAAUAUCGCCUCCUGAGCCCAUCUUUCUCUCGGAAACAGAGCUUGCAGAAGCGAUUUUCGCAGCGACAGGCCAACAUUUAGCCUCAUCGACUAGAUUCACAGACGGCGCGUUGAGCAUCUCAUACAAGGUCACGGUCCAGGAGAGUCACGAUCUCGCAUAUGUGGUUCAGCUACGCCACCACGGCUGUGUAUCAUCCAUGGACUCGUUCAUGGCCUUGAUUUGGAGAACGAUUGACUGCCGUAUCUUGCCUGUGCCUCCCAUCUAUCCUAUUCCGGGAGAGAAGAAACGGCAAGAAGACACAGGCAUGGGCCGGCAGAUAACCGGGCUGAUAUCAGGCGUCGUGGCGUCGUCGGUAUACCCUCGACUAUCGCACGAAGAGAGGCUCGCCUUUGUGCGAAACAUGGCCCUCGCAUUCCAAGCUUGUUGGCGCAUUCAGCUUCCAGAACGUCACCUGAUCGGCGAGCUCAUCGCCGACGAAAUUGAUGGUCGGAUUGUUCUCAGGAUCGGACCGGAUCGACAUCAUGGCCUCGGGGGACCAUUUACUUCUGUAAGCGGCUACCUCCGAGCACAUAUCAGGUCUUCACUCGCCGCCCUUGAAAAGCAGCAAGGCAUCGAAGAAUAUAAAGAGCGUUUCCUGGAUCGUAUCAGAGACUUUGUCGACAAUGACCUGCACAAUAUUCCCGCCAUCGUCGAAGACAUCCCCAUCGUCGCAGUGCAUGCGGACUUGGGCCCUCACAACGUCAUUGUGUCCAGCCAGACGCACAGCGAGAUACGAGCUGUCAUUGAUUGGGAGUUUGUAGCCAGUGCUCCGUAUGCGUCGCUUCACCGAAUUAUUGAGAUGCUCUUCCGCAAGUCUGCUCCCAAUGGGUUUGGCCCGGAGUACGAUCGAGCUGAUGAACUGCGCGAAGCUUUCUGGGGGACUAUCCCUGACUGGAAGCUGUGGGAACAGAGUGAGGCGACACGGGCGUUCCUGCAGUGGUUCAGGUUCGGCCUGUUCAUGAAGCCUGAAUGGAGGCCGAAAGACUUACCCGAGGACGAGACCCGGGACUUUUGGCUGGAAAACAUCCGAGUUGUUGAGGGCAUGUUGAGCAAGUAUUCGUAG